UGCAGCGCUUCCAAAAAUGUCUGAUCGCGAAGGGCUUGCUAAUUAAGUCACAUCAGUCGCUCGUCUUGCCAGCCACGCCCUCACCUCACUUCAACGUUUCACUACGUGCUGCACUGUCCUGCCACCUCCGAUCAACCCGCCUCAGGCCGGGACUAGGGACGAUCUGCCAGAUCGCACACGGCUCUCACGCAGUCCGAGAAGUCUAGCAUGUCUCGCAAUGACCGUCGCUCACCAAAGCUACCAUCCAUAGCCUCAGUCACGUCGUCUAAAGCAAAAGCUAUUGUUCAAGGCAUAAGGGAUGUAUACUCACUCCACUCCGCCGAGGCGUCUUCCCCUCGCCAAAAACUGGUGGAACUGUUGCAUGCUUCGCUAGAGCUAUGUAUCAACGCAGUGUGGUGCGAAGACAAAGGAGGUGCCCAUAUCGAGUCUGGAUCCACCCGAGAAGGGCUCGAUUGCCUCACUUGGUCGCUACAAGUCGCCAAGCAUACAAUCGCGUCUGCAUCUAGCUCUACAGACUUGUUGGAGAGCGACGAGCAGCAGAAGUUGGCGCCAGUGUUGUGGACCUGCCUGGGAUCGACUCAUCGUGCGACAUCGCAAAGUGCCGCGAAGCUCCUGGCUGUUGUUGUGGACUAUCUCCCGUCGCAUUGCUUCCUUCUCGACUCUUUCAUUGGAAGAUGCGUGCCUCUACGUGGAGACCGCGCUUCGCUCGCUGCGCUCGCGAUCUUUGCAGCUCACGACGCUGCCUGGGUCCUGGCAAAAGCGCCGACUCUGUACAGCGACUUGCUGGUUAGCGGCAACUCGCACCUCGAUGCUUCCACGUCGAAGAAGGCGAGCAUCGGAAGGUAUCUCCUGCAACAGCUGGCCGUGCAGCACGACUGCGAUCUGUCGUCGUCGCAUCUCACACAAGAAGCGCAAUGGUCGAGAUGGUGUCAAAGCUGGCAGUCCCCGCUCACAGAAGCCUUGUCGACAGGUUCAGCAGCAGCUCGCAAAGAUACGGGUAUCUUUCAUGUCACUGCUCUUCUCGAAGUCGCUCCCGCUGCGCUUCGUGUUCUGCUACAGCAUCUGAACAACACCUCUGCCAAGAAGCCAUAUUUCUUGCACACUUUUCUCACUGUCCUAAGAGCUGCUCAAAGUUUGGGCCUGUUGGCCGUCGAGCGUAGCGACGGCGAAAGCGACAGUCACGGCGACAACGAUGGCGACAACGACGCACUUGAAGUGCCGAGCAUCAUUUUGCAAGAUGCGGCUGCUUCGUCUUCGCCGGAGCUGCAACAGCUUGCAUUGAGUCUAGCUGUUGACUCGCGGUCACGAACAGGGCUCUUCGCCGAGAGGGAAUUGCGUGUAGUCAGGGCCUUCCUUGCCCAAAGCUUCAGCUGCACAGGUCCUGAAAGUAGAGGUAUUGGUCAGAGUACAGUCACGAGGAUGAUGGCAAGGCUGCAGUCUAGCUGCUUUGGCGCAACCCGGGAUUUAAACAGGAUCGCGGCGCUGCAUCCUAGCGACAUCUCGGCCGCGCUUCAGCGCCGCCGCGAGGAAUUGUCAAAUGGUUUGAAGCGCUCAAAGGAUUUUCUGCUCUGGUUAGCUGCUCGAUCGCAGCAUGCCUUGUAUCCAGGAAGCCCCUUCUACGCAUGCUCUAUGGCGCUCUUCUUUCUGGACCAUCUCCUUGCUUUGGAUACCGCUGCCUCCAAAGAUACAGUGAUUGCCUCCAAAGCACCGAAACAUCUAGGAGAGAGCGCUUUCGCGGAGUUUCGCUUCAACCUGCAGUUGACCACACCCCAGCUUGCGCGAGCUCUGCUAACGUGCAUCGACAGUACAUAUCCCGGCAUUCAGGCGAUUGCAAUGGACUUGUUGGCGCGCUUCCCAGCUCCCAUACCUGGGAUGGAGACGAUAGACGCAGCCGAAGGCGCCAUUCUAGCGCGUGCAGCGCGCCUCAUAUUAGGACCCAGAGAGGCAGACAGUACUGCGGCUGCCAGCUUAUCUACGCUCUUCAUGAGGGUGUACGUGCAAAGGUGUCUGUGGUCAGUGAGACCAAUCUCAGCGUUUGCGUUGGGUGCGUUGCGCUUGCCAUCCGAAUCUCGAUCGAAAAGUGCCGGUCCUGAAGCGGGAAGAGCAGGGCUGUCGGUGUUGUUCAUCGACCAACACCUAGAGCUGGUCUCCAACUUGCUUGAUGAAGCUCAAGCCGGUCAGGAAGCUUUGGUCCAAGUCGCAUAUAAUCGGCCUUUGCAUGGCGCUCUGAUUGCUCUGCAGUCCUUGUUCCGCGAAGCAAGCAGUGACCUCCAGCAGAAUCAGACAACAAGUGCUGCAGUCUUCCGCCGAGCAUUGUUUAUCAUCGACCGUGUCUGGUCCAUCACUCGAACAGUCCUGUGUAACAAUGCCCCAGAAGGCCCCGCGGCCUCACAGCCGGACCACGAGAACGCACGUGCGCUAGCCCUGGCAGGUGAAGAAGACGACCAGACCACUGAAGGUACCUCUCCGGCGUAUCAGGCACUACUGUCGUAUUGCUGGCGCAGUAUGAAGGAGGCUUCUCUGCUGCUUGCGCAGCUCGUACAGCUGGCCACCAACCCGGAGACGACGGCAGCAGAUGCCCUUUUAAGCCUUGAAGACCUGCAGAAUGUCGGCAAGCGUUUUGUGGAGUGGAUGACUUGUGUGCGUCACCGAGGCGCUUUCAGUACGAUUGCACCAUCUUUCGCUCAGACAGCAGCCAGCCUACGGAAGCUGCGGAAGUGGCCGGAGGCAAGUGCGUUGCCGCAGCAUUGGCUCUACAGCUUUGUCAAUCUGAUAGAAGACUCUGGAAAGAGCCUUUCAACGACCAGAAGAAGUGCGGGCAUCGGCUCUGCCGUCCUGGCUCUACUCAGUGCAGUGCCUCCGGAAGAUGACAACACUAUUGCGGCCACCAUGCAGCGACUGGUCGACCUUCUCAAAGGCAGCAGUGCUUCGAAUAUAGAGGCACAGACGCACGCGUUCAACAUUACGCGCGUUCUCGUUGACGAUGCUGCUUUAUCUUCUCGGCUUGCAUCUUACAACGGCAACUUGCUUGUAGUCGUUGUCGAACGUUUCAGCUCGGAGCAUUGGGGCAUUCGGAACGCGGCCAUGAUGCUCUUCAGCGCGCUCAUGCGGCGCAUUCUGCCGAGACGGACACCAAAUCUGGACGCGCCCGAGGCUCGUGUACGCUUUCAGGUAUUCUUCACUCACUAUCCAAGUUUGAAAGCCGCAUUGGAGGGCCAGCUUGGACGGCUCAGUAGACUCGCGACUCCACUCGAAAAUGGCACGGUAUCAAGUAGCGUUGGUGACAGCCAAAGUGCUUUGUAUGCCAUUCUGAUGCUGCUGUCGAACCUGCAAGUCGAUAGCAUACAACGCGGUGCCACGCUAAGCCCAGACACCUUCAGAGCAGCUGUAGAGCGUUGCUUGAGCAGCUCGCGUUGGAUGCUUCGCGAGAUUGCAGCCAAGGCCUAUAGCUCUUGUGUUGCGUCAGACGAGCAUGUGAGGGCAGCCACCAGGAUACUGCUCACAUGUUCAAGGGGCGAUCAGAAUCAUGCCCAUGGUAGCAUGCUGGCGGCAGAAAGACUGCUGAUCACUCACGAAGGCCAAGAUCCGGAUGAUGUCGCAUCACUGCGUGAUGCUCUCAAUCAACUCGUGCCUCUUUGGCUGGAAAGCAAUCCAUGCGGACCGACUCAAGCUGCUUUCAUGGGCGUUGCAUUCGCCUUUACAACUAAAUUGGGGCCCCUCGAGUCUCCCAAGAUGACCAGCUUCGCUAGUGCCAUGCUGGCGCAGGGCGCUAUGUCGAGCCACGCUGGCAAACAGAGAGCAGCCGGCUUUCCACGCCUGCUUCAACAGUGCGCACGCUUCGUCGCCCAAGAGUCAUUGUCCGCCGGCAACACCUCUCAGAUACGGAAUGGCCUUCUCAGGAACUCAUCGUCUGACGUGCGCUUCGUUGCCAUCGAAAGCUUGGCAACAUCAGAUCAUGCGGCUCAUCUCACCGACAGUGUGCUUGCGAAUGUUCUGCACAUCUUAACAAAUGGCGCGGAAGAGGUCUGGGUUCAAUGUGCCGCCGGUCGCUUGCUGAGUCGCUGGUGCCUUCGGAAUGCAGGAAGGCAUCUUCCAGGCUCUCCCGGAUCUUUGGCGCGGGUGUCUAGUAUUUUCAGUCGAGCAGAUGCUGCAGAGCCACUUCAAGAAGCGGCAUUACCAGCGUUGGCCAGCCUGGCCAGCGAAGCUGCCGAGCUGCCGGGUCCAACUGCUUCUGCAGCUGUUGCGAACGUUUGCGAACUCAUUGUCCCCUUUUCGGAAGAACGUCAGGCGCUCGACUUGCGGAUCGCUGCAGUGCAAUCACUGUCCCUAAUACAGAAAGCCCUCUUCAGCAGGCAGUGUCCAGCUGACGAUGGUACUAUCGCAGUCAGCGCACAGCAAAGCAAGGCGGUCUUUGAGGCGCGCACAGCUCUCAUCAGAAUGCUCAGCGAUGACGACGAGAAUAUCCGGGAUACUGCUGUUGACGUCUUCACGAACCUUGUCGGCUCCGCUGCUGACGACGACAACUUGCCGACCGUGGAUGCGAUCUUUGAUGCUGCGAUGAGACGCGCGCGGUCUUGGGGAAUGGGCAGCCUCGCUAGCGCAGAGCGCGCAUGGACUUGGAUGGACGAGCGUUACGCCAACACGACACUGUCGUCUUUGUGGGAACGAUGGGUAUGGGGCCAUUUGCUUGUUAGCGAAGAUCGACUACAGCAUGAGUUGCAUGUCAGUGCAGCAUCUCACAGCGUCCUUUUUGCUGAGGAGGCACCGAACCUGUACAGACAGCUCGUUUAUGACCUCGAGACCGCCGCACGCUUUGCGUCGAAAUGCGCCUUGCCACCGGAAUCUGCUGGUGCUGAUGCGCUUUUGGAAGAGCAGCUCGCCGUCUUAGAACGCGUGAGCUCCGUAUUGGCCUCGCGGAGAGGUCGUGUGUCGGAUGAGGUCGAGGCAACUACGCCGGCGCAGUACACACUCGCUCUCCGAUCUGUUCUGGCUUCACAAGCCGUGCGAAAGAGCCUGGCACGCACCGGAACUCAUCCCCGCUCGACACUGCUGGAUCACGCAUCUGCCCUGGAGCUGCGCGUUGCAGCGCAAGCUGGAAUUGGCACGAGAUUGGAAGCUUUUGCGCAGCAGCAAGUUUUGCAAGAUCAUGAGCUGUCGUCGCUUGGCCCGCGCCUCCGAAUUGCGUGAGCCGCAUCUUGUAAAAGCGAUCCCAGAUUUGUGGACUGAUUCAAGAACACCGUCCUCAUGCAAUCUAUACACCUGCUUGCAUCUCUCGCAGUAUGAUAUCAGACUUUUUCUAUCCGAACAUUGGAGGCGUAGAAGGUCACAUAUACAUGCUCAGCCAGCGUUUGAUUUCGCGCGGACACAAGGUCAUCGUGAUCAC